GUUCGAGAACACAUAUCCGUGUAGUAAAAAAAUAUACAUCAGGGAUAAUCUCACUUCUACACAUGCCGGUGACCCAGGAGCAGUUGCGGAAGCGCGCGGAGCUUGUUCGUACCGGUGGUAAGGGCUCUGUUCGCCGUACGGUGAAGGCGCACCACAGGAGCUCGGGAGAUGACAAGAAGGUGCAGGGCACCCUCCGCCGCUUUGGUGUGACGCCAUUCAAUGACAUCGAUGAGGCCACCUUUCAACUUCAGGAUGGUUCUUCAUUUUAUUUCUCAAAGCCCAAGGUACAGGCCUCAGCGCAAACGCAGUGCUUUGUAGUGUCUGGUGACUACGAACACAGGAAAUCUGAGGACGAGGAAUCGAAGAAGGAGUAAGUUAAGCCUUUAGUCUUCAAAGGGUUAAUACUUCAGAUUACAUCUCUAUUUAUUGAUACGGUGUUUUGGGGGACGAUAAAGAUUGUUUUUCUUUUUACUUUUACCUUCUAUGCUUUCUAAUAGGAAAAAUGUGAUACUCAUGUAAA